AUGAGUCAAGCUACACCAGAUGGUUCUGAUCCGACUACUUCUACUUCAAAGGCUACCCCUGAGAACCCAGCGCAGUGGUUGGGAGGAACACCUUCACCGGACCCUAUGGCGUUGUUAGCAGGGGGCAUGGCUCAGUUGCAGGCCGUGAUGCUGAAGCAGAUGACGGACAAGGAGAAGCCGAAGGACGAGGAUCGAAGUCCGGAGGCCGUUAAGCCAGGUACGACAGUCCUACCGAUGCUCCCGGAAGUCAAUCCUCAGACCUCUUCCGUCGACAUUAUGGAUUGGCUCGAGGUUAUCACCACAACGAUGCAGGACUUGUCGGAUGGCAGUGCAGAAUGGUGGAGUCGUGUGAGAGCGUUGGCGGACAGCUCUUACGUUUCAUGGACGCAUGCAUCCCCAGUCGAAAAGCUGAGCAUCGUCCCUCCUCGUGAUGAGGAGCUUGAGACCGGAAAGUGGAGCCGCGUCAAUAGCAGGGGCGCAUCAAUGGUCAUGAUGGCGUUGCACGAAACAGUCCGGCAAGAGAUGGUUCAGAGGCGGUCAACAGGGUCAGUCACCGCCAUGGUGUUUAGACUCCUCACCUUGUACCAGCCGGGUGGCCAACAGGAGAAGGUGACCAUCCUCCAGAGCCUGCAGCAGCCGGAAGCCGAGCACACUCCUCAGCGGGCUGUAAAGUCUCUGCGCUCGUGGUCCAGAUGGUUGAGAAGGUGCCGAGAGCUGGGGGUUUCGGCUCCCGAUCCAAGCCUCUUGGCGCGCGGCCUCUCCAGUAUCACCAAGAAUGUCCUGGAGAAGGAUGCUGAAGCGAGUUUUCGUACCUCGUUGGUCAAGAGCCACCUGCUCAUCGACACACAGCCCUCUAUCGACUCAGUCGAGAAGUAUUACCACCACUUACUUGCAGAAUGCGAGACAAUGGCAGUGUCUUCUUCUACGUUGACGUCACCCACUCCGACCGCUACAAACGGGACAACUCAGAAGCCUGAGCCGAAGCUGAAGCCAAUCCGACCGGAUCGUCCUGGAAAUGGAAAUCAGGCAGCUUCCUCUACAACCCCGGCUGCGCCUUCGAGAUCUUCCUCCCAGUCUACUACGCGCUCGGAGAAUGAGUCGGCGGAUAAAACUGCUGAGGAGAAGGCCAAGGUACCAUGUAGGUUCUUCGGCAAGACCUACAAGGGAUGUGCGAGAGCCGGAAAGUGUCCAUUCCUGCACUCCUGGGAAGGCUUGGAGAAGAAUGGGAGAUGCUUGGCUUGUGGCGGAAAGAACCACUCCGCAAAGGAUUGCCCCAACAAGAAACCGCCGCAGAGCACCGAAUCUACGUCAACCGCAGCCCCGCCUAACCGACCUCAGGGAACAAGGACACAGACUUCCUCUACCACCCCGAAUGCUACCUCCAACAAGAAUGUCCGUAUAGAUGAGACUCCUCAGGUCGAACCGAUACCGGCCAGAUCUUCCUCUUCGAGCGCGACUCCGGGUGAAGAUCCUGUGGACUUGAAGGAGGUCCUGGCAGACGUUGGAAAGAUGCUAAAGGCUAUGUCAGCGUCAUCACUCAAGACUGUCCGGGUCCACGACCACUUUAUCGGCGACAGUGAGGAGCUCAUCAUGAAAAGGGCUUUGGAGGCGGAGGGCGCGGAGGCCGAAAAGAUGGGACUGCUGGACAGCGGCGCGAGUCAUCCUAUGAGGCCGGCAGAAGAGAGGGAGUACGAAAGUGGGCAACCUGUCCGUGUUACCCUUGCGGGCGAGGAUGUGCGAAUACUACGCCAGAAUCGUCAAGGGACGAUCCUUGUCCAGGAGGAGACAGCACCGAUACAACCCAUCGUCCCCCUCGGCGCGGUGAUUGAGAAACUGGGAUAUACCCUGCACUGGAGUCCUCGAGCCCUUCGGCUAACACAUCCCAGCAAGAAGUCUAUCCAGGUCAGGAUCAAGAACCACUGUCCGGAGGUGGCAGCGGAGGAUGCACUCAAUUUGAUAAGGGAGCUGGAGAUGAACCAGGUCACCGCCUUGAACGUGCAGGUCGAGAACCUAAGGGCGAGGUUGGAAGUCAUCCGAAAGGAGGAGAGUCGAGACUGGAGUGAACUACUUCGGGAAUUCACAAGGACUGGGGCUAGACCGGUGUUGCUCAAAGCGAUCCUCACUUCGCCCUUCACCAAGGACCUCCCCUCGGAUGUACAAUCACUCCUCUUGGAAGACUUCGACCCCGAGAGUGGCUUCCAGUGCUUGAAAGCGCUUCCCCUCACCCGGAGAAAGCGUCGGGCGUUGAUCUUGUCGAGAAGUUGGGUUGUGAAUUUGUUCUCCGGUGACCAGGAGUGCCAGGAUGACCCCUUCAAGACAAUCACCCUCAGCGGUAAGAUCGUUCUCAACGUCGACCUCACCAAUUCGAAACUUUGGGACAUGAACAGGGCGGGAGGCGUGUAUCAGUUGUUGCUAUGGGCUGCCUCUACUGGAAGGAUUUCUGAUGUGCUUGGAAGCCCCCCGCAUCAAACAUGGCCGACUUCAGCUGCACCGACGCGGGGGCCAAGUUCAUAUUCAGUGCGGACCACCGACGAGCCGUACGGCAUCAAAGACCUUACAGCCUUUCAGCUUCAGCAAGUCCAUAACGAGACCGCCUUGGUAGCCAAGCAAAUGAUGAUAUGGCUCCUCUCCCAGAUCGGAGGCAACCGCAAUGUGGGCUUCCUCAUGGAUUUUCCCUCGGACAGGGAACGCCUGCGGAAGGAAGUGCUCGUGGACGCAUCAAUUUGGGAGACCACUAUGUGGAAGGGUUUUAGUUCGGUGUCCGGGAUCAAGGAAGUUUCUUUCUAUAUGGGAGCCUAUGGACACAAAUCAGCAAGACCGACUACGGUGGCCACAACCUACCCCGCUGUUAUCCAGGCUGACAAGAACUAUCAUGUCUUCAAUUGGUAUGUUCCCUCCUCCCUCUUGAGCGCUACGGAAAUAAGGCGAUGGUCGCACACCUUCAAGGAAAUUGUGGCGGACUCCAUCAAGGAUUACCAUGAGGCCCACUUGAGCGAGGAGGAGAACAUGAUGAAAGCGGGUGUGAAGGUGAGCAAGCUCACCAAGGAGCAGCGAGAAUCCUGGCAUCGUCACUUGAUGAGCGAUCAUCAACCAUAUAGAGCGGACUGCUCGAUAUGUAUAAACGCGCAGGCGACUGGAUAUCAGCAUCGGCGGCGAGUUCAUCCAUCAAUGUAUUCCCUGGCCCUUGAUCUAGCUGGUCCCUUCCGGCAAAAGGGGCGCGACAUGAACCACGACGACUAUCGAUACAUCAUGGUCGCUGCCUAUCGAUGUCCGAAGGAGUACAUGAGUGAGCGAGCGGUCAAAGACUUGGACAAGGACUACUACGUUCCCGACGACCCCGAGGACGAGGUCGAGGGUGACCCGAUGGAAUUGGUUGCUGCCCCACGACAUGGUGAAGGACCUUCGGAGCCUGAGGCUGAGGAGGAGAUGGAAGAGUUGCCGCGCGAGGGCCCCGAGGUUUUAGAUGAUGCAGUGGAAGGUCUAGCUCAUCAAGAAGAAUGGGCCACUGUGUACAUCACCCGCCCCCUGAGAGGGAGAACCACUCAAUAUGUUCUUCAGGCUGCCAAGGAAAUCCUGCUUCAACUGAGGCAGACUGGACUCCAUGUGGGCAUCAUCCACACGGACCGCGCUCGCGAGUUCAAAGCGAAAGCCUUCAAGGAAUGGACUGUUGACUCCCAGCUCAGACACACAAAGACGGCUGGAGGCGACCCGGCGGGGAACAGUUCUGCUGAACUUGGAAUAAAGUGGGCAAAAGCUCGGGUGCGUGCUCUUCUUUCUGCGGCAAAAGCCCCACCAAGGGAUUGGCCAAUGGCGAUUCAACAUGCCUCCUUUUCUAUGUGGGCCAAGGUGUUCCCUGACAGCCCAUGGGCGGCACCACCAGCUACAGCCUUUGGGAAUGAGGUGUGGUUCAGGUCGAAAGUCUACCAGGGCAAACAGGAGAAGAAGCACGACGCGGCAGGAUCUCGGUGGAAAAGGGGAUGGUAUCGUGGACCGGCAGGAGAUGUUAAAAGGGGUCAUUUGAUCACACGAGAUGACGGAGGCCUUACAGUGGCCAAGAGCGUGAAGUUUGGCAUCACCGAUCCAGGCCGGGAUCUGGCCAAUCUCCUAUCCCCUGCCAUUGCAGAAGGAGUUCCUGAAGAGCUACUUGAAAGGGACCGCCCACCUACAAGGGCGGAGUUGCGAAACGAGAUAGAGUUUAAAGCGCGGAAGUAUGGGGAGCUUGAGGACUACAGCCUGGACAAGGCCGUGGAGCUGUUCGGUCUCCUGGAGUUGUUGGGGGACACCGACAAGAGAGUUGGAAAGAAGUCUUCUAUGUCUUCAUGGUAUACAGGUGCUUUCGUCCAUGGAGGAGUCGCAGGGAUGAGAAACAACACUAGGGAUUUCCCUUUCACCACGAAGUACCUAGUGAAUCUGGGCAAGCAUCACUGUGGCGACAUCAAGUUCUCCGCGCUGGGAUUGGCCAAGAACGCUCAGCUUGGACUCCACCGCGACUCCCACAACUGCAAGUCCUCCGGAAACCAUGUCCUCCCUCUCCAAGAUUUCCAACAGGGAGCUUUAUGGGUCCAAGACGAUGAUGUCGAAGACAAAGACUGCGAAGUUCGAGUGCUACCUGGAGGUAAAGUUGUGAGGGGAAAAAUCAUUGAAAUGAAGAAGGGCAAGCCAGUGACGUUUUCUCCCCGGAGUUGGCAUGAAGUGCUACCGUGGAAGGGCGAGCGUUUGGUGCUCCUUCUGUUUACCCCGAGGGCAACAAAGCUGCACCCGGACAAUGUCGAGGCCCUUGAGGACAUGGGCUUUACCUUUGGAGUUGGUGCCCUUGCCAAUGCGGAAGGGGACUCUGAUGAUGAGGACCAACAGGACGAGGGCCUUGCGGCCUUUCCGGUUUCUAUGGUCAAAACGAUGAGGAUGGAAAAGGACAUGCCCUUUGACGAGGACUACGCCUUUGAAGAGAUCGAGGAGGAACCGAUUGCUGAGGGGAGAACCUAUGCGGAAGGAGUGCGAAACCAGACCGCAGCUAAAAUGAUGAAGAUGGUGAAAAAGGCCGAGGUCCAGUACACCAGUGGCAUCGAGGACAUUUUGUCUGAUUUGGAGAAGACUGGAGGAACCCUGCAGGUCACCCACAACGUUAGUUUGAGUGAGGUUCGCAAGAACAUCAAUGCGUGGAAACCGUCUGCCCUUAAGGAGUUCCAGAACCUCAAGGAUGUGAAGAAGGCCUUUACAGUGAAGGCCCGUCACGAGCUUCCUGCCGGGUGCCGAAUAGUUCCUUGUAAGGGUGUCUACACCGUGAAGCCCUGCAAGAUCAACGGUUUCCGGCGGAAAACACGGUAUGUUGCUUGUGGGAAUCAUGUCCCCGAGGACCAGACCGACUUUGACCUCUUUGCUGCGGGAGUCGAUGCGACUACACUGCGAUCCCUCUUUGCUGUCCACGGCAGGAAACCAUGGCGAGUCGGAACCACCGACAUCCGGCAAGCUUUUGUUCUCGCCAAGUGGCGGGGACAGCCUGUGGCCUUGGAACCCCCGCGAAUAGCCUACGAACUGGGGCUUGCAUCUCCCGGCGACUACUGGUAUGUCGAACAGGCAAUCUAUGGUCUCCGAGAAUCGCCUGCACUUUGGUCUCAGUUUCGAGAUGAGCAACUCAAGGCAGCGAGAUGGACUCGGACCGUUGAUGGAAAGAGCGUAACUAUGAAGCUGGAGCAACUUGUCUCGGACAACCAGGUCUGGAAAAUCAUCCAGGAGGAAGGCUCCUCCGAGAUCUACGGGUACGUGGUUGUCUAUAUCGAUGAUCUCUUGAUGUACGCUCAGGAGGAGAUGAUGCAUGGCUUCUUCGAAUGGGUAGCUGAGAAGUGGGAGGUGGAUGCGUUGGAUGUCCUGGACUAUGAUCACCCUAUCAGGUUUCUUGGGAUGGAAAUGUAUCGUGUCCCAGGAGGAGUGGAAAUUUGCCAAGAGGGAUUUAUCAAUGAGAUCCUGAGAGUCCAUAAUCACCGUGGAGGAAGGUCCCAAUCUCAAGGGCCCAAGGAGACGCUACUACUCAGUGACGAGGAGGAGCGAGCUCUGAUCGAUGCAGAUCCGGUCACUAUUGACACCUCCAGCCCGGUCGUCAAGGAGGCCCAAAGACGAGUUGGGGAACUACUCUGGCUCAUGGGUCGUACACGACCUGACAUACAACACACCGUUUCGGUGAUGGCAGCCAGGAUUACGAGAUGCCCCGAGAUUGUGAACAAGGUGGGUGAGCGCCUACUUGAUUAUUUGAAUGAAACAAAGCAUUAUCGGUUGGCUCUGGUUCAGGACAGCGACGAUGCCAUCACGGAAUUGAGCAUCUACACAGACUCAUCCUUCGCGCCAAGCGGAGGACGGUCCCAAGGCGCGGCCGUAGUUUUCUACGGACAGGCACCGCUAACAUGGCGGGCGGGACGUCAACAGUUGGUGACGUUGUCGACUGCAGAAUCAGAACUAGUGGAGACAGUGGAGGGCAUUUUGCUGGGGCUGUCGACUAAGGAGCUGUUGGCAGAGCUGUCGGGUGUCCCACUUUCUUUGGUGGCCUGGGUCGACAACUCUGCGGCUAUCAGUUUGCUCACUACCUCAUCGGGAAGCUGGCGCACCAGGCACUUAAGACUAAGAAGCAACUGGGUUAGAGAAAUGUCCAUUCGCAAAGAGGUGAGCAUAAAGUUUACCCCAGGGGAAUUUCAACGGGCCGAUUUAGGCACCAAGCCGUUCACCCGCGAACGGCUCCGCCAACUGAUCCGACUUUGGAACAUGAAGGACCGGAGACCCGAAGCUGAAGUUCGUUCCGCGAGAGUGAAUGUUCCGAAUCCGUGGAUGAGGAAACUUCUACUACUUUGCCAGCUUUGCGGAACGGCGGCUCAGAAGCAAGAUCUCCAAACGGAGAUCCCUUGGGACCUCUACCUCGCGGUGAUAAUCCUUGGAAUCGCCAUCAUUGGCCUAUGGGAGGGUGCCAAGCACUGUUGUGGAAUGAGAGAGGCCAGAGUCAAGACCUUGAAGACCGCGGCCCUAAAGGCCACGACAGGAAAAAUUACGAGGAUCGAGCUCAAGGAGUUGCAAAUGCUGCUUCAGCUUGACCCUAAGGACCUCACCCCGGAACAGAAGGAGAAGCUGUGUGAUCUGAGAGACAGGUUUGAUGCAGCUAUGCCGAACUCUACGUCAUAUGUGGUCCUUUCUACCAAGUCCCUGGCAGAGAUCACCUACAUGUCUUUCGUGAAUGCUGGGGAUUGA